GAAAGAGUUUCGGCGAAGGAGGAAGGAACAGGCGAAGCGGUGGCGGUCGAUUUAGCAAGAGGAGAUCCCCAUCUUUCCGGAGCGCGCAAACGGGUGGACACCCCCUCCCCCCCGCUUUGGAGGAGAAUAUAGGCAUUGGAUUUUUUUUUUUUCGGAAUUAAAGUGCUCUGUGAACCACAGUCAUGGCCUUGGCUGACAUCCAGAUGAAAUCAGAUGAUUUUUUGGAAAAAAGCCAGCUGAAUGCUGGUGGUUUUGGAACUGUCUCAUUAUGCUACCACAAAAAUCAUGGGCUUGUAGUAUUAAAAACUGUGUAUACUGGACCUCAACGCACAGAAUGUAACACUUCCCUUCUAGAGGAAGGCAUGAUCAUGCACAAACUAAAUCACGAUCGGGUGGUGAAACUACUUGGUGUCAUCCUGGAAGAUGGAAACUACUCCCUUGUGAUUGAAUACCUACGCAAAGGAGACUUGAUGUCUGUUCUAAAAGCAACUUCUAUUCCUUUACCUUUGAAAGGACGUUUUAUCCAGGAGAUCAUUGAAGGAAUGCUUUACUUAACAGAACAAGGUUUAGUGCACAAAGAUCUGAAGCCAGAAAAUAUUCUUGUGGAUGAAGAAUUUCACAUCAAGAUAGCAGACCUUGGUAUGGCUUGUUUCAAAAACUGGAGCAGGCUGACUAAAGAAGAGACCAGUCGACAGAGGAAAAUCAAACAGGAUUCCAAGUCUAAUGCUGGCACCCUUUCCUACAUGGCCCCAGAACAUCUGAAGGACAUCAACACAAUACCUGUGGAGAAAUCAGAUGUUUACAGUUUUGGCAUUGUCUUAUGGGCCAUUUUUGCCUCCAAAGAACCUUACGAGAAUGCAGUCAAUGAUAUGCAGCUGUGCUAUUGCGUCACAGUAGGGAACAGGCCACCUGUCAGAGAGGUGGAAGACAGUUGUCCAAAUGAGAUUAUCGUUUUAAUGGAAAGAGCUUGGCAGCAACAUCCAAAUGAUCGCCCAACUUUUUCAGAAAUACAUUUGAUUUACAACCCAUAUUACCAUGAAAACUUUGAACAGGAUGUGGAAGACCAUGUGAGAGAAUUAAAAGAAAGAUAUCCUGAACCAAUUGAACUUGUAAAACGGAUGGAAUCUCUCCAAGUAGAUGCUGUGUCAGAAUUUCCCAGCAGAGCUCGAUCAGAUCAACCUGGUUCUUUACACAGUUCUCAAAAUUUCACGGCUAAUAACACUAUAGAUGAAAACAUGUUUGCGCCAUAUCCAGAAAAUGAGCCUGUAGAAAGCUGUGAAAAUACCUCUGAUCCCCCGGCAAACUUGCAACAAAAAUUACAGGAUGAACUAAAUUACCAUCUAUUUGGCAGCCGGAUGGAUAAGCCAGAAAGUCCUUCUGCUGCAUAUAGUGCUGAAAUGCAAGAAGAAGAGAGGAGAAAGAGAAAGGUUUCCUAUGACCCAUUUGCCAAAACGGCAGCCAUACCUCAGACACCAGAAUUUUACCAGAGAGCUCAAAACCUCCAAGCAAGUGUGAGUCACAACAAUACCAGUACAGCUCAUUCAAGUCACCCAUGGUACUCAACACCAUCAGGAGCAGUAGAUCCAAAUGGCUUUCUGGCGGCAGGAACUCUACAUCCCAGCAGGUGGCUAAGUGCAGAAGAUCCCUAUGCAACUCCCUCAGCACCCUCAGCCACAAACUUUAAUUUCACUAAAGUACCAGUUCCAGAAUCUGGCAUAAACAGUCAGGCCAAGCCAUACAAUCCAUAUCAUCCUCAAAGCUUAAGCACAGAAACUGGUCCUGUGGAGUCGAUUCCCUGUAGAAAAUUCAACUUUGCACAUAUGGGCAGAAUACCUUCAGAAGAACCUGCACACUACAACAUAUAUAAUAGUACUGGAAUUCAAAUAGGCUCCUACAACUAUUUAGAAAUUAAAAAUCAAGAUAUUCGAGGAAACAGCCCUCCAGCAACUGCUGAUUCCUGCCCAGUGGAAUACCAGAAAAUAUUUGAGAGCACUGCUAUAGUUUCAGAUGUUCACCUAAACCUUGUGAGAGACAACUUGGCCAAGAAAUGGAAACACUGCGCUCGUAAACUGGGCUUUAGUGACCCGGAGCUGGACGAAAUUGACCACGAUUAUGAACGGGAUGGGCUCAAAGAAAAGGUUUACCAGAUGUUCCAGAGAUGGCUGAUGAAGGAAGGCAGCAAAGGGGCAACGGUGGGGAAGCUGGCCAGAGCCCUUUUUGCUUGCGGUCGGAGAGAUCUCCUCAAUAGUUUUAUCAAAAUAAGCCAGGAUUCUGAUAGAAAUAACAGAUAAGAAGUCAAACAAGCAGCUGGAAGACUUUGGCUGGGUUGGACAUUUUUUCCAAGAGGACAUUUUUGUAUUGCCACAAGAAGUUGUUGGUCAGGCCAAAUGCUACUCUACACAAGCAGAGUAAGGAAUGGGAGAUAAAAGAGCAAACGAUGGUCAAUCUCAAGGGACGUUUUCAUAGCAUUCCCUAAAGAAAAGAAAAGAAAACGCUACAAACAUAACAAUGCUUUACAGCAGAGACAGACAAAACAUUUUGAGUGUUUUGCUCUGUGCACAGAACAAAAUGGCUGUUUUGUUCUGGACACGGACCACAACAUGGUUCUCCCACAGCUAAGAGAGAGCAGCAGCAGUGGCUGAGCAGUGGGAGAGAGGGAAGGCUGCAGAGCAGCUGGACAAGAUUUUGGUAUAUACCACGCCGGGCCUUUAGCAGGAAUGGUGGUGGCUGAGGAGAAGGAUGGGGGAGGGAAAUUAAAGCACUGGUGGUGCUAGCCUCUGAGAUGUUCCACUCUGGGAAUUGAUCAUGGAAAUGGGAAGUAAUACCCACUAACUUAGCCCCGUUUGCCUGUCUGGAUUUGUUUCAUCUAAAUGCAAGACAAAGUAUUCUGGGCCUGGCUUCUCUCAAACCAUAACUGGCCUGAAAUGGCUCAUUAGAACUUCUGAAGGGCUCUGGGCUUUUUUUUUAUAGGUAUAAAAUGGAACAUUUUCCCCUAUUUCAUGCAUAUAUCUCCCUGUUUUAUAAUAUGUCAAAUUUUGAAUGAAUUUGUACAAUUUUAAUUUUUUAAAUAGAGAAAAUGGACAUAAGGCUGCUUUCCUAAUCUACAAGAAUCUCUUCUCAAAAAUAAAACUGGAUUAUUGUUCUCCUUCAUUAUGUAAAACAGAGGUCUCCAAACCUGGCAAGUUUAAGACUUGUGGACUUCGAACUCUUUGCUGGCUGAAGAAUUCUGGGAGUUGAAGUCUACAAGUCUUAAACUAGCCACGUUUGGAGACCUCUGAUGUAAAACAAGCUACUGCUAUGAGUAAACUAUGAAUCUUAACAAACUAGCAGUAUAACAGUUUGACAAGGGCUGAUCAGCAGCUUCAGCAACCAUCUUAGCAAGAAUGAACAAUGUAGGGUCACCUCCUUCACCCACGCACACAGACAGGCAAAGGAUUUCCAGAAUAUAAACUGACAGCAAACAGCACUCCUUACUACGGUAGCACUGAUGAUGUUACCUAGUUAGGGAAAUAAAACUUUUGCAAGAAAACAAGCAACCUCAGAGAGUACUUGAGUUGCCAUGUGCGAAUAGGCUGCAAUAUAAAUCUCCUAAAGAAAUAAAUAAAUCAGCAUUAACAAUCGUUGCAGCAUCCACAUGAUCAAAAUUCAGCUGCUUGGCAAUGGGAUCAUACUUAUGACCCUUGCUGUGUCCCAAGGCCACAUAAUCAUCUUUUGCAACCUUCUGACAAGCAAAGUCAAUGGAGAAGCCAGGUUCACUUAAAUCACUAGGUUACUAGCUUAUCAACUAUUCACUUAAUGACUGGCAAGAAGUCGUAAAAUGGGCAAAGCUCAGUUAACAAAUGUUUCACUUAAACAGUUGGGCUCCAUUGUGGUUGUAAGUUGAGGGCUCCCUGUAUUUUGUGGAGUUUUUCAGUUUUAAGCUGCCAAGAGUAUCCUGUGUGUGAGUGUUGUGUGGCCUUAUAAAUUUGUUUAAUAAACCCAACAAACUUUACUAAACCCAGCAAACAAUUGUUGGAAGAAAAAUCCAGGUCGUUCCAAGCCAGGAA